AUGUCUGUCGUUGGAAACAAUCGAGUAGGAAUUCCAAUUGUUGUCUUGCACGAUGCCGAGGGUGCAGUCAUCGAAGUCGAGACCAAAAAGGGAGAGCUGAUCCGAGGAAUGCUCUUCGAAGCUGAAGAUCAAAUGAAUCUGUAUAUCAAGAAUGCAGUGAUCCGGGACCCAAAUGGUGUGAAGCGAAAAAUAAAUCAAGUGUAUGUCCGGGGACCUGAAAUUGUAUUCAUUGUACUACCUGACAUGUUGAAACAUGCUCCUAUGUUCAACCGGAUUAAACAUUGGAGAAAACAUGGUGGAGCGCCGCCAGAAGGGGUUGGCCAAGCAGUUGGUCAAGCAGCUGCUAUCCUCAGAAAGGCGAACGAGAGGCGACGGGGAGGUUUUGGUGGUCGAUUUGGAGGGCGCGGCAGAGGUGGAUUCGGUGGUAGAGGAGGAGGCGGUGGUCGUGGAGGAGGUCCACCUCCACCAAUGGGGCGCGGUCCACCAAUGGGGCGCGGUCCACCACCAGGUCAAUACGGUCCAAGAUGA